AUGAUAUUAGGUCAUAAUAUUAACGAUAUUGUAAGAACCAAUGAUGUACGCAUUACCCAAGAUGUUACAUUUGACACAAUGCUCCUUUCUUCAAACACAUUAAAAGGUCUCAAAGAUUCCGGAUUUUUUAAACCAUCGCCUAUUCAAUUACAUGGUAUUCCUUUAGGAAAAUGUGGCUUUGAUUUGUUACUGGAAGCGAAGUCUGGGACUGGCAAAACCGCGGUCUUCACUGUCAUAGCUUUAGAAAAAAUAGAUUUGAAGAAAGGCUUGCAAGUUGUAAUACUUGCUCCAACUCGUGAAAUAGCUUCACAAAUAUGUGAUGUGUUAAGGCAAAUAGGAUGUCACUAUAAUGGGUUACGCAUUGAGGUUGUAAUGGGAGGGCUACCAGUACAAGAUGAUAUAGAAAAAUUUAAAAAUAAUAAAGUUCAUGUUGUAGUUGGGAGUCCAGGUCGCUUAAAGCACCUUAUACAUGACAAACAUAUAAAUGUCUUAGGAGUGAGACUGUUUGUUCUGGACGAAGCUGAUAAGUUAAUGGAGAAAAGUUUCUUACCUGAUAUAAAGUAUAUUCACAUGGUUCUGCCUAAACAAAAACAAGUUAUAUUGAGUAGCGCCACCUAUCCAGAUGAGAUAAAAGAAUUUAUAGGACAAUUUGUGCAUGAUCCUCAACAUUUAUGCCCUAAUAACAACUGUGUACUAUUAGGUGUUGAACAAAAAAUUACAACUGUAAAAUAUAAUAGUAAUAUCAUAAGGCAGACAGAGUUUAGAUUUCAGCAACUCUUGAAAAUAUUAACUAAAAAACAAUUCAAGCAAUGUUUAGUGUUCUGUAACUAUCAGGCAAGAGUUGGUGAAGUACAUAAGUUAUUAACAAAGGCAAAGUGGCCUUCUGAACAGUUGUAUGGUAACCAGGAUCAAAUGGAUCGGCUUGAUGCUAUCAAAACAUUACAGGAAUACAAAUGUAGGAUUUUAAUAUCAACUGAUCUAGCCGCUAGAGGUAUAGAUGCAUCAAAUGUGGAUUUAGUAGUGAAUUUUGAACCCCCAUAUGAGUGGCAAACAUAUUUGCAUAGAAUUGGCAGAGCUGGAAGAUUUGGUUCUUAUGGAAUGGCUGUAACUAUACUGAGUGAAGGAAUGGAAUAUAAAAAGUUUUUAAAUUUAUUAGAUUCCAUGAAAUUAGGUAAAUUAGACUAUUUUUGGGAUGAUAAUGUGAUAAAUGACAACAACGAGAAUUUAAAAUGCUCGGAAAAUAUAAUUAGAGAGAGCACUAAAUGUAAUAAUGGAAAUUAUAAGGAGUUGUGGAAUAUUUUAUGUGGAGAUGAUGAAGUUACAAACGGGGAACAAGAAAAAGUAGAAAGCUUCGAUGAACUUUUGAAUUCCUUACAAAAUACUAAAGUAGAAUCAUGUUCAAACAAUGAACCUGAAUCAUUUCGUAGUUUACUUGAUUCUUUUAAUAAUAAACCACUUUCAGGAGAUUUGGAUGUUAAAUAUAAAAAUAUUACAAUACCAAAAAAAGUUCAACAAAAAUUAAAUUUAUCUUUUGCUUUUAAUGGAGAGUCAUUGGACAAUCAUGUGGUAGGAAAUGUAAAAAGGGAAAAUGAAGAAAUCAAAAUAGAUAAAAGCAAAAGUGACAACGUUCCAUUAGUAUUAGAACAGUCGCAUAAUAAGAACAAUUCUGAAGUUAAUUGUAACAUUAAUUUAAAUUACACUGACGACGUGGGGGAUGAUGAGAAAGAUGCCGUGAAAAGUUCUUUAAAUAUUCCUGAACGUGCAACUACUACAUAUAACAAUGACAGCGUUUUGAAUAUGGAAUUUGAUAAGUUACAAUUACCAACAACUUUCUCUAAUGGAAAAAACAUUUAUUCGGAAAAAAAGAUCCCAAAAAAGGUUAAAUUCCCCCAGAAAAAGAAAGCCAAUGAAAAUCCUUCAGAUCUCUGUGGUAAUAUAUACAAAUCAGCGAAAAUGCCAUCAAGAAUAUCUGAAGAACCUUUUCGAUAUAACGAAGAUAUAAAUUCAAACUGCAAUUCGAAAUAUAAGUACAAAAAUAAAAAACGGAGUAAAGAAGACCAAUCGAGUCAAAAAUUUUACAACAAUCAGUCAUAUGAACAUUGGUAUAACCAAUUAAAAAUCAGGGUUAAGUAUUUAGAAGCUUCAUUGUAUAUAGAGGAACUCUGUAAAAUGUAA